CUCUUCUCUCAAUCCUCCCCGUUGUUUCUCUUCGCCUUCUUGUAUCUCCUUUUUCGAGACUUUGUCUCAAAAACACCGCCACCAUUUUCGGCACACUUCUUAACUCGCGGCACCACCCGUUCAACGGCCGGCGCUCAUCCUCGCGUGGUGGAGCACCGGAUUACAUAUACACUUUGUAAAGCUCUGGACAGUGUCAUAGUACUUGAUUACUGCAUAGCUCUGCUCUGUAUUACUUGUCCCGCUGUCUGCCUGAAUUUGUACACGCAAUGGCUCCUCACGCGAACUCGGAUGCUGCCGCCAAUGGCACUGUGAACGGGUCUGGUAGCCCUAACAAUGCUCCCCUGUUUACCGUCAAUUCGCCCAAUGUUGUCUACACUGACGAUGAAAUCAAGAGUCAGUAUGUCUACCACACUAAUGAAGUGACGCGUACUGCCGACAACCAAUUCGUCGUCAACCCUAAGGCCACUACCUACCACUUCAAAGUCGACCGCAAGGUGGGCAAGGUCGGUAUGAUGCUCGUCGGGUGGGGUGGAAACAACGGCUCCACUGUCACCGCUGGCAUCAUUGCCAAUCGUCGUGGUCUUGUCUGGGAGACUCGGGAGGGCAAGCGUGCUGCCAACUACUACGGGUCUGUGGUCAUGAGCUCGACCGUGAAGUUGGGAACCGAUUCCAAAACUUCUGAAGAGGUCAAUGUACCCUUCCAUGAUAUGCUACCCAUGGUUCACCCCAACGACCUGGUCAUUGGCGGCUGGGACAUCAGUGCCAUGAAUCUUGCCGAUGCCAUGGAUCGGGCUCAGGUUCUCGAGCCAAGUCUCAAGCAGCUCGUUCGCAAGGAAAUGGCCGAAAUGAAGCCCCUGCCCAGCAUAUACUAUCCCGACUUCAUCGCUGCCAACCAGGAGGAUCGGGCUGAUAACAUCAUUGAUGGCUCUAAAGCCUCGUGGGCUCAUGUUGAACACAUCCGGAAAGAUAUCCGAGACUUCAAGACUCAGAACGGUCUGGACAAAGUGAUCGUUUUGUGGACUGCAAACACGGAGCGAUACGCUGAUAUUGUCCCCGGUGUGAACGACACCGCUGAGAAUCUCCUCAAUGCCAUCAAGUCAGGCCACGAGGAGGUCUCCCCGUCCACCGUUUUCGCAGUAGCUAGCAUCUUGGAGAAUACCCCGUUCAUUAACGGUUCCCCUCAGAACACCUUUGUUCCCGGUGCGAUUGACUUUGCAGAGAAACAGGGCGCUUUCAUUGGUGGUGAUGACUUCAAGUCGGGCCAGACCAAGAUGAAAUCGGCUCUCGUUGACUUCCUGAUCAACGCUGGCAUCAAGCUCACUUCCAUCGCUAGCUAUAACCAUCUGGGCAACAACGACGGCAAGAAUCUGAGCUCCCAGAAGCAAUUCCGCUCCAAGGAGAUCUCCAAGUCCAACGUAGUGGACGAUAUGGUGGCGGCCAACCAGAUUCUGUACGAGAAGGACGAACACCCCAACCACACGGUUGUUAUCAAGUACAUGCCGGCUGUUGGUGAUAACAAGCGUGCCUUGGAUGAAUACUAUGCGGAGAUCUUUAUGGGUGGCCAUCAGACCAUCAGCCUGUUCAACAUCUGCGAGGACUCACUCUUGGCGUCUCCCCUGAUCAUCGACUUGGUUGUUAUUGCGGAGUUGAUGACUCGCAUCACCUGGAAGGCUGAUGGGGCCGAGGCGUACAAGAGCUUCCACAGCGUUCUCAGUGUACUCAGCUAUAUGCUCAAGGCUCCCCUGACUCCGCCGGGUACUCCGGUUGUGAACGCUUUGGGCAAGCAGCGCAACGCUCUGACCAACAUCUUCCGCGCCUGUGUUGGUCUCCAGCCAGAGUCUGAAAUGACUUUGGAGCACAAGCUCUUCUAAGAAUUGUAUUUUAACUGCUAUGCAGAUGAGUUGUCUGCUGGCAUAGUGCCCUUGGCCACAGUCGACGGGUUCUGGGUCCAUAUAGCCUUCGUACGGGAUUCAACACCCGUUACUAUUCUAACCAUAGUCACUCGUUUAUGCUAAAUAUCACUUUGAGAUUGAG